AUGUACACUCAACUCAUCACUGUUGCUGUCGUCGCAAUCUUGGCCAUUCGCCCGUCCUCCGCUCAGACACCAAAAGCCAAGUUUGACUCGAAAGUGAAAUCCUUGGGUGUAACAUUUUACACGGUGGCUGAAAUCGGAAAGCUCACUGACUGUAUCGAUGAUUCCUUCUAUGAUAUUGCCAGCAUGCAAAAAAUCAAAGAAAAGGCACUGUCAUGCGCAAUUGGCAACACAGUCGUCUCAAAGUAUCUCACUCUGAUGAAAUUGAUGACAAACAUGGAUAACUGCAUGAAGCCGGAGAAACAAACUACUUUGAAUCUUAUUGACAAAGUAACUCCUGCUGGCUUCGCUGUUGUUGAGCAAGUGUACAAUAAGGUGAUCGCUGACAUAAAGGCCGCUAAGAGUGCCGGAAAAGCGAAAGCGGCUGUCUUCGACAUCGGAUAUACGACCAUGGCAGCGCAAGUGACAAAACCACUUAUGGAAAAACUGUGCACCUCACUCAUACCAGUCAUCACAAAACUCGAAUGGAACUGCUUCCUCACCCACUCCAAGAGUCUCAUUGAUUUCAGUACUUACGCGUGCUCGAAGGUUGUCAAGCCAUAA